AUGCAAAGAUCUCGUUCGAGGAGUACCAUUACUGGGCGAAGCGCUCCCGAGUGGCAGAGAAGAGCAUCGAAACAAAAAGGGGCUGGGCUUAUUGGCCUCUUCAAGCGGAAAGGUCUGAGCAAGCGCAGUGAAGAACCGACUUCUAAUGCGACCGAAGGUGUCAACGAGAAGGGAUCUGAGACACCACAUGAUCCUGCUGUCAUUGACAGUUCGAUCUUCUACCUCAUUACCACUGAUAUCCUAGGUCCCUACAACGUUCCAUGGGCCGUUAGCCGAAUGGGCUAUGGGCCCGGCUUCGCGCUCUACACUGUCUUCGGUGGGCUUGCCUUUUAUUCAAGCCUUCAGAUCUGGCAGAUGUUCGUGGGUUUAGACUCCACUCGCUACCCGCUUCGUAACUACGGCGAUCUUGCGUUUCGUAUUUACGGCAACUGGGCUCGGUAUCUGUUCAACAUCCUACAGAUGUUCCAAUUCUUUCUCAUGGUUGCGCUGAUCACGGAGAGUAAUGGGCAGGCGUUGGCGCAGAUGGCAGCUGGGAAGAGUGGGACGGGAUUUCUCUGUUUCGUAGCGGCAGAGGCCAUAACUGCUACCCUUGGACUUAUCCUGGGCCAGAUUCGCACACUCCAGAAGCUGGGAUGGCUCGCCAACGUUGCUGUCUGGCUGAACAUCAUUGUCAUUGUUAUGACUAUGAUCGUGGUGCACAAGUACCCCCCAAAUUACGAGGCUGCUGAGAUUGCGAACAAUGUCGAGGAAGGCCCAGUAGUUACAUCGGCCAAUUGGCCCGUGGGCCUUGGCCUUAGCGACUACAUGGGCGGCGUGAUGAACUGCGUCUACGCAUAUGGCGGUGCGGUGCUCUUCAAUGAGCUAAUGGCGGAGAUGCGACGACCGAUGGACUUUUGGAAGAGCUUGAUCUGUGCAGAGGCCUUUAUCUAUGCCGUCUAUAUCAUCAUGGGCAUGGUUGUUUACAGCGCGCAAGGCCAAUUCACGUACCCGCUCGCUUACCAAGGUAUUCCGUCGAGUGCGUAUUCUUGGCAGACGUUUGGCAACGCGGUUUCGUAUACCUCCGGACUAAUUGCGAUGGCACUCUAUGGGAACAUUGGCAUAAAAGUCAUCUACGCCUCUGUUCUGCAAGACAUAUUCAACUUCCCACCACUGGACAAGAAAACUGGUAAGAUUCUUUGGGUGGUCAUCGUUCCGAUUUAUUGGGGUCUUGCAUUUGUGGUUGCUGCGGCAGUUCCACAGAUUGCGAAUCUACUCGCUCUGGUUGGUGCCCUGUGCAUCAUGCAAUUCCAAUAUACUUUCCCACCCCUCCUUAAAGUCGGUUUCAACGUUCAAAAAGACGCCAUGCUGCCGGAGGAAACAUUCGACGCCCCGACAGGUGAACUUCGUCGCGUGGACUCUGGCAUGAAGCGCUGGGUGCGCGGUUAUAUGAAGAAGCCGAUCUGGAACACGUUCGAUGUUCUCUUCGGUUUGGCAGCUUUAUCUACGGCAGGCCUGGGUGUCUGGGCGGCGGCUAUUAACAUGAAAGCGCAGUUUGAAUCUUCUGGCAUCACACCAUUCACCUGUACAAACCCGGCUGGGUAG